AAAAAACGGUUUACGGAAUCUUGAAGUAUUUCGCAGUGAUUUGAAUUUUCAAUAGCAAGGAACUUCUUAAGAUCGUCUGCAUAUAGUAAAACAUUGACGUUGGGAACAGCAAACACAAUAUCGUUAAUAAAUAUAAUAAAUAAUAAUGGCCCUAAUAUGCUUCCUUGUGGAACACCAGAAAAGUUACACUAUUACACAGUUACACAGUUACACUAUGACUAUUGAUGUGUCAAAUCAGUAUCAAUGAACUGUCAGAUUUAAAAAAUUCGAUAUUACCUCAACAAUUCUCGCUACAAACAUGCUUCAAAACUUAGUUCCAUUCAAGUUUAUACAGUUGAUUUGACCACCUAAUAGUUACAUUUUAAGUUUCUCUGACUAUCACGAUUAUAGGAACACCAUACAACAACUAUAGGAACCAUAUCACCACUACGGAUACAACGGUGCAAUAAGAAAAAUAUUGAUUUUUUAGAUAUGUGUUGUGUGUGAUGGCAAAUGGAAUUCUUUGGGAAGACAAAACAUCAAUAACUGUAAUGGUAUUAUACCAUAUAUACCAUAUCAACACUUAAAAUGCUUUAAAACCCAUUUACACCAGUAAAAAUUACACCACUAUUAGUACAUUUACUCUAUUCAUCAGCUAUGGUCAAUUACUUCCGUAUCCCUCAGCAUAAACUAAUGGAAUGUGUUUCGAUCUAUCAUAACUACAAAGAAAAGGUUGAAGAAAAAAAUCUAUUCGAUGUCUAAAAAUAACAAAUUAAGAGAGCAGAAGAUUUUACGAGAGCAUUUAUGCACUCUUUCUGAGCGAAAACCCUCUCACUACAAAUACGUUCAUGAGCUUACUCAGUUAAAUUUAUCGUUUUCUCGCGAUCUGACGUGUUAGUUCUAUUCAAUUACGGCAAUGUUCAACCUAACAUUGUAGUCACUUAUCAUCAGUAAUUUUCCUAAACUUAAAUGAAAAAGUAACAAAUUAGCCUUUUAUUUAUAAUCGAUUGCAUUACACCUAUUGAAUACGCAGCAACUACCUUCUUUUAUUUAUAUGGUGUGACAAUCGCCAAACCCAAGUUCUUUGCGAUACAGGCCUGUGAAAAUGACGUUGUGUAAAAUUAAAGUGAUAUAUAAAUUUAGAAUAUCAUCAGCUCGACACAAGCACAGCUGCGGCCGCACAGCAGGCGUUAUUUUUGUUUCGUAGAAACUGCGACUAGUGAGUCGGAUAGAUGUGAAAGAGAUACUAACAUUUUCACGAUCUUGAUCACAACCACAGUAGCAGCAACAGUUGUAUCAAUGAGAAAUUAUCGUGUAUACUAUUUAAUUUUAGUGACAUUAGUGAAUUAACUUCGUUUUACUCGAUACGAUAAGGAGUCACAUUCGUAUUUUAUUCCGACUUCAUUAUGAAAUUACCCUUUUUUUACUUUGCUGAGUUUUGUGCAAUUUGGUGAUCGGCAGAGAAUGAAAAUAAACCUAAACGCAGAGAAUAAAUAAGCCAAUAACAUCAUUUCACAACAUAUAAAAUUUGGAAAAUGAAGUAAAAUCCACUGAUAUUACAGAAGAAUUCAAACUAUGGUAGCAAAUGCUUUACCUUCAUGUUCGUGUCUAAAAACUAAACAUCAAACGCGAAUAAAAUGGCUUCAUCCAAGAAAUCUGCAGGAAGCAUCCACAAAAUUCGCGAGUUUGAGCUUGACAAAGUGGUUUUGUCUGACGAAUUUGACAUCUUACAAAUCGUUGGUGAAGGGUGGUUUGGAAAAAUAUUACUCGUGGAACAUCGUGCAACUGACACCGAGAUGGUCCUGAAGCUUCUACCGAAACCGUUCGUUUCGCUUACCGAUUUUUACAAGGAAUUUCACUUCAGUCUUAUGCUGGGGCAACAUAAAAAUAUUGUCACCACUUAUGAUGUAGCUUUCGAAACAGCUGGAUUUUUCGUAUUUACCCAAGAGUACGCCCCAUUAGGAGAUCUGACAUCUAAUGUUUCCGACAAUGGCAUUGGUGAGCUACAUACAAAGCGCGUUGCAAGACAACUUGCUUCGGCGAUCGAUUAUAUUCAUCAAAAAGAUCUAAUUCAUAGAGAUAUUAAACUAGACAAUGUGUUAGUGUUUCGCUCAGACUUUGCACGUAUUAAACUAUGUGAUUUUGGCGAAUCUAGAAAGCUAGGUGAGGAGGUUCUGAGACGUAAUGAAUGGCUUCCAUACAGCCCUCCAGAAGUUUUGCUGGUAAAAACGGAUGAUAAAUACAAGUGCGUCUUUCACGAACAGGACUGAUACAGCUCAUGAUGUGUGGCAGUUUGGCAUAGUUUGUUUUGUAUGUCUAACAGGGUGUUUGCCUUGGCAAAAAGCAUCCACAGACGAUCCUCGAUAUAAUCGCUACCAACAAUGGCAUCAAGCAACACUCACCUUUCCGAUGAAACGAUGUCCAAAACUGUUCAAGCUGCUCUCUGCUAGAGCAUGUAAACUAUUUAAGAAGUUUUUGGAUCCUCGUUCGGAUAGACGUUUAAAGACUCUAAGCGAUUUGCAAAAAUUUAUCGAUGAUCGAUGGCUAGCAAAAUCGGCUGAAAAGGAAAUGGCUGAAAACGAGCCCGAUGAAUUGUGCCCUUCGAUGUAUUCUUUCCACAGUAGCGUCGAGGAAAAAAAUAAGCUACUAGGAACUCUGGCACAAUGUGGCAUCGAGACAACAGUUGAUCGUGCUGCUAAGAAAAAUCGUAUACGAGAUUGGAUUCAAUCGUCUGUCAUCGCAGAGGAAGAGGAAGAGGAUGAUUCAGGAUCAGCCACUCCUUCAUCCACCGUUUCUAGAACUGCUGUUCCUGGACAUGUUUCAUCGGUGGCCGCUAUGGAACGAGCGGAGAAAAAAAUUAACACAACAGUAAAGGAGGCAUCACAAAAACACAUCGAUCCACGUACCGGCACCGUUCAAGUCGGCCCAAGUGAGAUGGGAUCUAUUAAUGCUCAUAAAAAUAACAAUAAUCGGUCUCCACCAAACAUUAACGGACACACGAUAUUGUCAAACUCUAGCAAACCUAAUCUCCUCUUAGCUACGCAUGGCCUCGUAAAGGUGGCAUUUAGUUCGGUUGCAUCAGUUCCGUUACCGCAAAUCAAUCGUAGCGAUUUAGCCAAUAAAAAGAUCAAUAUGGAGGACAGUGGCUACGGUAGUAUAAACGGUACCCAUAAGAAUAGAUCAUAUUCCAAUAAAAUUUCAAAAUCGCCGACACUACCUAAACGAUCUACUUUCAUACGAUCUGAAAAUAAUCCUUCGGAAGAUAUGGAAUCAUCAGAAGAACGCGACAGUCAAAGCUUAGAGUUUGACGAGCUAGAAACAGAUCGCGGAUCGGAUGGUUUUGUUAAUGCAUUGCAUGAAAAACGAAAGUCAGAGAAAAGGCAAGAGAGCACCUAUGAUAAGCUCUUCUUUCGAAGAAAAUAGUUGCAACUCGUCUGUACAUUUUCUUUCAACAUAAAUAUGAGCAAGUACGAAAAAUUGCUCACAUCACUGAGUAAAAGGAAUUGAGACAAAAAAAAACAAAA